AUGGCCCCCAAGCUCGUCCGUCUGCUCUCCUAUUUUGUGCUUGUUGACCCCAACGAAAUCAAGAUCAUCUACCUACGGGCAACAGGGGGUGAAGUUGGUGCAUCUUCAGCACUUGCCCCGAAAAUCGGUCCUCUCGGUCUGUCACCCAAAAAGGUUGGAGAAGAUAUCGCUAAAGCUACCUCUGCAUGGAAGGGUCUACGUGUGACUGUCCAGCUUACCAUCCAGAAUCGGCAAGCAGCAGUCUCCGUCGUUCCUUCCGCUUCCUCCCUCGUCAUCCGGGCACUAAAAGAGCCUCCCCGUGACCGGAAGAAGGAGAAGAACAUUAAGCACUCGGGCAAUGUCACUCUUGACGAGAUCUUUGAAAUUGCCCGAACGAUGAGGUCCAAGUCGCUAGCAAAGGACUUGGCUGGCGGUGCGAAGGAGAUUCUCGGCACGGCCCAGAGUAUUGGCUGCACAGUAGAUGGCCAGCCCCCACACGAUGUCAUCGAUGGGAUCAACUCGGGGGAUAUCGAGGUGCCGGAUGAAUAAAAGAUCAAACACAGGAACUAGUGUUUUGAGUAUUUUUAUAUCACUCGCCAUGGUUUUUUUUUUGACAUUACUGCAUACAUUGAUACAUCCAAACACUCACAUGUGCAUUGCAUCGGAGAAUAGGGUUGCCUGGCCCGGGUUCGACAGGCGGCUAUGGCCAGAGACAAAAAAGACAAAUUUCAGAUGCUAAGUGAGUCAAAGUUACGAAUAAUCGAGUAUGGCUGUGACAAUCGUG